AUGGAAGGGUGGUAACUAUUAUCUGUGUCAUUUGAUUCUUCAUAGAGUAAUACAGCUAAAAUAAUGAUUAGAUUAAGAAAUUUAAAUGAGUAGAUUGGAAAGAGUGAAAUGAUUUCAAAUAUGAUAUGGAAUGAUCAAAAUCCUUAUAAGCAAGACAUUUACUUAGGGGCAAGUUGUAAUUAUUAGGAUAGAAGAUACGAGCACGGUGGCAUGUUCACAAUAUCAAGGCUCUAUAUUUGGAAGAGUAUGGCAAAUGUAUAGAGUUCAUCAGAUUCAGUAUUUGAUAAAUUUUUCUUUAGGCAAAAUGGAGUUGCUACACCCAUUUGUAUUGGAGCUAUUCCUUGCAACUAUUGUGUUGUUAACUAUCCUAUGCCAAUCUCCUAUAGUGUUUAGUUAACAUGCACUUUAGACAAUCCAUAAGAUAGCUUAUACUAUAUUGCUCGGUGGGACUUUGAUGAAGAUCCUGGAGAUAAUUAGUACGUUAAAGACUUAAGUGUUUAUCAACGUCAUUUAAUGAAGGGAGAUCCUAAUGAGAUAGAAAGUUAUGAACCUUAUAGACUCUUUGGGCAAGGAUAUCUAUUUCAAGGAAUAAAAUCACUUUAUACUACAAGUGCCCCUCAAUUAAACAUGCUUCCAUAAUUUACUAUUGAAAUGUGGCUUAGAAAGUAUCAAGAUUAUCAAUAUUCAGGGAGUAAUCCGUUUAUUACCCCUAUAGAAAUUUCAGAUCUGUAAUAUGGAAAUACCUAGUUCAAAAUGAUGCUCUCAGAAUCAAGCAGAUAAGUUUAUUUAUAUUUUGAGAACUAACACAAUUUCCAAUUUAAUUUUCCUGGUCUCUUUAACUCUACAAGAUGGUAUUUUGUUUCUGUAUCUAUCGCAACUUACUAUAACGUAUUUAAUUAAUAUGGUUACUAUAUUUAUGGUAAGGUAUAAGUUGACAAAAAUGUUACUAAGUUAAUCGAUAGAGACAACAAUCCAUAUUUAAGUUUCCAAAGAGAAUCAAAAAUGAAAUUUUCAUAUGAAAGAUCAGUAGCUUAUAAAUACCUCCGCAUUUAUGGUUAUUCAAAAAUAGAAAAUGAAACAAAAUACGAUAUUGCUGAUUCAUCAUAAUGCUCGAAUAUAGGCAACUAGCCUCCUUGUCUAUUUUGUCCAGGAAGUAUCAAAAAAUGCAUUAGUAUCUGUAAUGAGUCUUAAUAUGGGGAUAAUUGCGAUAAAUGCCAUCCAUUUUGCGGAAAUUGCAAAGGACCUUUGAAAUCUGAUUGCACAAUAUGCCCUAGAAAUGUGACACCUUCUAUGAUUACUUAUUCAGAAACAUUUGGAAACUGCAGUUGCAUAUCAGGAUAUUACUACAAUAUAACUUAUGAUACAUGCGAGCAAUGUGAUUCUAAUUGUAGAACAUGCUUUGGCCCUACUUAAAGUUAAUGCAUGAGUUGUGCUCCCUCUAAAAUAUUUUAUCCUAACACUACAUGUGUAAAUUCAUGCAGUGAUCCUUUAGUUGUUUAAGGAUCAAUAAAUGGCUUUUACAUGUAAGUUGAGUAUUUAGGAGGUAAUCUACAGUAAAUCUGCUUAAAAUGCCAUCCGUUUUGCACUCAAUGCUUUGGUGGACUCAGUACGUAAUGUUCAAAAUGUCUUUUUGGUUAUUUACUGCAAGGCACUAGCUGUAUAGAUAGUUGUCCUGACGGAAAAUAUCCUGAUUUUGCUAACUCAGCCUGCUCAGUUUGUAACAUUUAGUGCAAAACAUGCAAUGGACCCUCAUUCUCUAAUUGUCUAACUUGCAAAUCCCCUAGUGAUUACUAAUAAAAUGGAAUAUGUCAAGCCAAAUGUGACGAUGGAUACUAUCCAGAUUCUAACAGAAUAUGUUAAGUCUGUAAUGUAGCUUGUGAUAAAUGCACAAAUAAAUUCACCUCUACAUGCAGUCAAUGCUCUCUUGGAUAUUUCCUUCAAUGGCAAAGCUCAACUUGUUAAGAUAAUUGCCCUGCAGGAUACUAUGGGGAUGAUGUGACAAAUUCCUGCUUAAUCUGCCAUUAUUCAUGUAAAGCUUGCAGUGGUUAUGGUCCUGAUACAUGUACUAUUUGUGCAGAGGGUUAUCUCAGAAGAGGUGCAUUCUGUGUUGAAUAAUGCGCAAAUAGUGAAUAUAUUGUAAAUGGUUAGUGUGUGUCUUGCGAUUCUAAAUGUUCAACUUGCUAUGGCACUGGCGAUGAUCAAUGUUAUUCAUGCAAUGAAAAUAUAUUAACUACUAUUGGUUACUUUAAGUUUGGUACUUCAUGUCUUGUGAGCUGUCCACUAGGAUACUUUUAAGACAAUAUCCUUAAAACUUGUAUAAAAUGUAACCCUAGAUGCUUAACUUGCUUAUCUGAAGCAUUUUGUACUUCCUGUAUCGAUGGACCAUAUUAAUUAAACAAUGGAGAAUGCACCUUUUUUACCUGUUUAGAUACUUAGUAUAGAGUUAUAAAGCCUUAAAUAGCAUGCUAUGAAUGUGACUAAUCUUGUUUAACAUGUCAAGGCAAAAGUUAGUUUGAUUGCAUAUCUUGCAGACCAAAAAACUUAUUGGUUGCAUAAUAAUGUUUAACUUGCUAUGAAUAACCUGGUAUGACUGAACCAGUCGAUGAUAGUAUCAAUGGUUGUGUUGAAAUUUGUGGUGAUGGUUUUAACUACGGUUAUUAUAAAUGUGAUGAUGGCAAUAUGAUUAAUGGUGAUGGCUGUUCCUCAACUUGCUUUAUUGAAGAAGGCUUUAAUUGUACAGCUGGUACUAAAACUUCUCCUAGUAUAUGUAUGGAUAACAGAAAUCCUACCCCUACAAUAAGCUUUGUAACUGUUUCAAACCUAUUGAUAAUCUAGUUCGAUGAAGAAGUAUCUCUAAAAGAGGAACUUAAUACUAAUAAUUUACUGAUAACUAUUAAUGGAUAAUAGGGACCAUAUAAGUUUGACUGGUAGUUAUAAGACUAAUAUAAGACAAGUGAACCAGUAUAAAUAAUAGGAAUUCAACUUAUGUUUUAUCAAUCACUAAAAGGUGAUCAAAAAGAAUAAGUUCAGAUCGAAUUUCAAAAUACAAAUACCUAUUAAGAUGCUACAGGGAAUGGAAUGGUAACCUAUUCAAUUAAAGCAUAUUUAAAUAAAUAUGAUUACAUCGAUCCUGAGACAAAGGCUAAAUUAGAAUCAGCAGGUGAUACCUCUAUGCUAGCCACAUUUGGAGCUGUUGCUAUUAAUCUUGCUAUUUCAUUAGUUUUUGGUGGAUCAAUCUCAGCAAUGUGGACUAUGGUCAAUACUAUUUAACUGAUAAGCUUGCUUCCUCUUUGUAACAUAAAUUAUCCAGCAAUUUCUGUCUUAGUUUUCCAAAAAAUGUUGGGUUCUCAUGGGGAAUCCACAAUUAUUCCAAAUUUAUUCUAUGAUAAGCUGGUUGGCCGGUCAAAUUCUUAGAUUUAAAUUGAGCCUCCACUCAAUACAAGAUUUUUAGUUUAUGGAUGGCCAAUCAGUAAUUUCUUAUAUCUCUCAGGAAGAAAAAUAUUGAUAUGGACACUAAUCAUUUUUGCAUAUCCAUUAGUAUGGUAUAUGAAGAGAAGAUAUGCAGAUAAACAUAAAAUAUGUAGAUUAUGGAAAAAGGUUGAAUAGAAAUUUAGAUAUACUUUGCUUUUGAGAGGUGUUAUUAUGUCAUAUGUAUCUAUGUAUCUUGCAUUCAUUUUGGGAAUAUUCUAGAUGAAUCUAACAACUAUGGAAAAUACUAUUUCUGCUUUUGCUGCAAUUGCUUUUGGAAUUAUUUUAACUUACCUGCCUAUCUUGCUUAUGAAUAUACUUCAAAGAAACUAUGAAAAAAUUAAAACUGAAAAGUUUAUGCUCUGCUAUUCUACCGUAGUUAAAGAGGUGGAUCUCAGUCACCCAAUCAGAUAUAUGUAUUACCCAGUGUUUCUACUCAGAAGAGCUUUAUUUGCUAUAUCCCUGGUGUUAUUCGCAAAUAGUCCUUUCAACUAAAUCAUAUUUAUGAGUGUAACUUCAGGAGUAAUGAUAAUAUAUGUAGUUAUAAUUAGACCGUAAAAAGACAAAGUGAUGAUUGUUAUGACUGCUCUUGGCGAAGGAUUAAUUUUGUUUUUGCAUUUAUUUUCAAUCGUCUUUUUAGAUGAAGAUUUGCCAGAGGAUAAGGCUAAUUCAUAUGGAUGGCUAUUAAUAAUAAUUGUAGGAUUCUAUAUUUUAUCAAACUGGAUAUUGAUUGUGACCAUUACACUAAGACAGCUUAGAUAAUAGUUUAAGGAUAAUAAGCACUAAAAAGAAAUCGCUAAGUAGAAAGCUCAAGAGGAUGUUGAAUACAAAAAAUGGAAAAAGAAGAAAUAAAUAAGAUUAAGACUAAAUAAGGAAUAAAAUAAGUUUGUAAUGAUAGAAUAGCUAGAGGAAGCGACUAACAUUAGAAAUUCCAUGAAUUCUAUUGAUAACUAUGGAGGGGGAAAUUAUUACAGAGGCUCAAGCUAUACAAAUACGUAUUAGCUAGAUUAGUCUUAUGGUACCAUACCAAUUGAUUCUCCAGGGCUUUUUCACAAUCCAGAAAACUUUACUCAGAUGCAAUUAGAAAGGGGGCAACAUACAGGAUUUAAACUUUAUCACAAUGAGCCUUGUGAAACCUAUCAAAGCAAUUUUACUGAGAGAUCUUUCAUGUCAAACAGCAAAAGAGAAUUGAAAAGAGACUUUUCCUCAAACAGUAGAAGUGGUGAAUUUAACAUUCUAGGUAUUUUUCUUUAAUAUUUAGCCAUUUUAGAUACCAGCCCAUAAGCAAAGCUCUUGAGACCGGCCAGCAAAUUUUUUAUUAGAUAGGCAUCAGAUUAAGAGCAUUCGUCUAAUGAUAAUUCUAUUAGUGCUAACUCUAAUAAUCCAUCAGGAAACGAACUUUCAGGGAAAUCAUCCUAAGACAAAGAUAAUGAAGAAGAAUCAUCUAAAAUAAUGGAAAAUGCAAAUAGAGAUCUAAACUUAUAAGCACCUUCAAUGAUGAAUGUGCAGCAAUUUAUGGUUAUUGAAUAGCCAUCCCCUAAUUAAUAGGAUCCUUAGUUGCCUUCAUUAGGUAAUCGAAAAUAGGAUUAUACCUAAACUGAUUAUGAACAAGAUUCAGUCAACUCUAACUGA